AUGUUAGGUUAUGAAAUAUCUCACUUAGCCAAUCUUUUGAAAGACUCAUACAAUCAAAAUGAUUCCGAUAGUGAAGACGAGGGACCCAAAACAAAAUCGGCCAAUCUGACACCUGCCAGUUUUGUUAGUCCUCAAGCAAAGAAUACAACUGAAAAGGCAAAAGCUGUUGUAUCAUCAAAAAAAGAACUGGUAAAUACAAAAGAUAUUUGGAAUAUUGACGAAGUACCAGAUCGAGGAAAUGAAUCAAUACCUACCGAAAAAGAUGAUACACGACCACAGCCAGAAUAUGAUAUGCAUUAUAAACAAAAUGUAACAUCCGAAGAUAUUUUUCUACAGAUGGGAAAUAAAAAUCCUUCAAGUGCUAGUUGUGAAGAUUUGGUGGUAAAAAUUCAAUUACCAGACACAGAAUUAUCAGAAAUCGUAUUGGAUAUUACAAAAAAUUUGGUCGACUGUAGAUCUAAGAAAUAUCGUUUAGCCCUACCGUUACCUCAUCCAUGUGAUCCAGAUAAAUGUCAAGCAAAAUGGAAUAAAGAGCAACAUACAUUACAGAUAACUGUGAGAUUACAAAGAGAAUAUGACGAUUUCAAUUUUUAA